ACAUAGCCUUACCUGGGCAUCUUUCUUACUAUAUUUCUCCCCAAAAAAAGAGCCAAACAUGAAAAUAGAGUGAUGUUCCUGAUGUUUUGUCAUCUUUGCCCAAUUAAUAAACAAAGAAUCUGAGCAAAAAGAUACAAUUUUUUCCUGCUAUAUCUAUAUAUAUAUAUAUCCAUCCAGUAAAACCAUAAAAGCAUAUUGGUUUCUCGAAUUCUAAUCAGUUGGUCUGUAUCUCUGUGUUUCUUGUGUAUCACACUUAUUGUUAAUAUAAUCUGUGAGUCUCUCUCUCUGGGUCGCAAGAAGAUCCAGCAAUGGAUGAAGAGUAUGACGUGAUAGUGCUUGGGACUGGUCUCAAAGAAUGCAUCCUCAGCGGUCUUCUUUCUGUCGAUGGCCUUAAGGUUCUCCACAUGGACAGGAACGACUAUUAUGGAGGAGAGUCAACUUCACUAAAUCUUGUUCAGCUGUGGAAGAGGUUUAGAGGAAGUGAUAAGCCUCCAGGUCAUUUGGGAUCGAUUAGGGAUUAUAAUGUGGAUAUGAUCCCAAAGUUUAUGAUGGCAAAUGGUACUCUUGUACGAGUACUUAUUCACACAGAUGUUACCAAAUAUUUGUGCUUCAAAGCCGUAGAUGGCAGCUAUGUCUAUAAUAAAGGAAAGGUUCACAAGGUUCCGGCUACUGACAUGGAGGCCAUCAAAUCUCCUCUUAUGGGCAUUUUUGAAAAGCGCCGUGCUGGCAAGUUCUUGAGUUAUGUCCAAGAUUAUGAUGAAAAUGAUCCCAAAACGCAUGAUGGGAUGGAUUUGACAAGAGUGACAACGAGAGAGCUUAUUGCGAAAUAUGGUCUGGAUGAUAACACUCUCGACUUUAUUGGUCAUGCAGUGGCACUUCACAGAGACGACCACUACUUAAAUGAGCCUGCAUUGGAUACUGUGAAAAGAAUGAAGCUUUAUUCUGAGUCUUUUGCACGUUUUCAAGGAGGAUCACCAUACAUUUACCCAUUGUACGGACUUGGAGAGCUCCCUCAGGCAUUUGCUCGGCUCAGUGCUGUAUAUGGGGGUACAUACAUGUUGAAUAAACCCGAGUGCAAGGUAGAGUUCAAUGAAGAAGGCAAGGUAAUUGGCGUCACGUCAGAAGGGGAAACUGCUAGGUGCAAGAAAGUUGUAUGCGAUCCUUCUUACUUACCCAACAAGGUUAGAAGAGUUGGCAGGGUUGCAAGGGCAAUUGCUAUUAUGGCCCACCCAAUCCCAAACACCAACAAUUCUCACUCAGUGCAGGUUAUUCUGCCACAGAAGCAGUUGGGUCGCAAAUCAGAUAUGUAUCUUUUUUGUUGCUCUUUUUCUCACAAUGUUGCCCCGAAGGGCAAAUUCAUUGCAUUCGUAUCAACAGAGGCAGAGACUGAUCAGCCUGAGAUUGAACUAAAGCCAGGAAUUGAUCUUCUAGGGCCUGUGGAUGAGUUGUUCUUCGAUAUUUAUGAAAGAUAUGAACCAGUCAAUGAGCCUUCACUGGACAAUUGUUUUAUAUCGGCGAGUUAUGAUUCGACAACUCACUUUGAGUCAACAGUCAUGGAUGUUCUCAAUAUGUAUACCAUGAUUACUGGAAAGGUUCUUGACCUCAGCGUGGAUCUUAGUGCUGCUAGUGCUGCAGAAGAAUGAGAAGAAACCUUUUAGUUUGUGCACUGCAUGUAAUUGUGAGAUUUGUUCUUACUGAAUUCAUUCCAUGGGAUGGAUUGCCACAUGUUUUCUUCUUGGGUCUUGUUAUUGAGAGUUAGCUCGAAUUUGUAACUUGGUUUUCUCUAUUUCAUUUUACAGAACAUCAUUCAUAAUCAAUCUUUGCUUGUUUUGAAUCUUAUGUGUAGAAUUGAGAAUUGCCUCGGUAGCUGAGCGUGUGGAUAGUUUAAUUGUAUAAGGGCAUCUUUGGUAGUUUAAGGGCA